CCCUGGGGGGCACGGACCUGGCACAGAGGGUCCGUAUGAUCAGCUCGGUGUGUGUGUCAUCUUACCGAGGGCGAAAGUCCGCCAAGAAAGCCCCCCCGAAAGUAUGCCCGGAGGAGGAGGAGGAGGAGGAGGAGGAGAUGGGCAUCGGGGAGGGCAGCGAGAGGAUCACCAUCAAUGUGGGGGGGACACGGCAUGAGACCUACAGGAGCACCCUGCAGACCCUGCCCGGGACCCGGCUGGCACGGCUCACCCAGCCCGGGGCCGGCGGCGGCCAGUUCUUCUUUGACCGGCACCCCGGCAUCUUCGCGUCGGUGCUGAACUAUUACCGGACCGGGAAGCUGCACUGCCCGGCGGAUGUGUGCGGUCCGCUCUUUGAGGAAGAGUUAGCUUUCUGGGGGCUGGACGAGACCGAUGUGGAGCCCUGUUGCUGGAUGGCGUACCGCCAGCACCGGGAGGCGGAGGAAGCGCUCGACAUCUUCCAGCCGCUUGAAGCCGGCCCCGGAGAGGAGGAGCCCGAGCCCGAGCCCGGGGGGGAGCCUGAACCGGGACCGAGCCAGGCCCGGGGGCCCGGGGAAUCCAGCUGCAACCGCUCGGCCCCUCUCACCUGCUGGAGGCGGUGGCGACCCCAGCUCUGGGCUUUAUUCGAAGACCCCUACUCGUCCCGAGCAGCACGGUUUGUCGCUUUUGUGUCCCUCUUUUUCAUCCUCUUGUCAAUCACCGCCUUUUGCCUCGAGACACAUGAGGCUUUCAACAAGAUCAUUAACUUGACAGAGCAUACAGUUGUGGGGAACAGCACUCAGACAGUGAAUGUGUAUGAGAUAGAGACAGAGCCUGCCCUCAUGUAUGUAGAAGGAGUAUGUGUCGUGUGGUUCACUUUGGAGUUUAUGGUCCGCAUUUCCUUCUGCCCCAAUAAGCUGCUGUUUGUUAAGAAUAUGCUGAACCUCAUUGAUUUUGUGGCCAUCCUGCCCUUCUAUCUGGAGCUAGCACUUCGUGGGUUGACCUCGAAGGCAGCAAGGGAUGUUCUGGGCUUCCUCCGAGUCGUCAGGUUUGUACGGAUUCUACGGAUCUUCAAGCUUACCCGGCAUUUUGUGGGAUUGAGGGUGUUGGGACACACCUUGAGAGCCAGCACCAAUGAGUUCCUCUUGCUCAUCAUCUUUCUCGCCUUGGGAAUCCUCAUCUUCGCCACAAUGAUCUACUAUGCAGAGAGACUUGGUGAAAACUCUAACACUGUGAAUUCCACUCACUUCAAAAAUAUCCCCAUUGGCUUCUGGUGGGCUGUAGUCACCAUGACUACUCUUGGCUAUGGUGACAUGUACCCCCAGACAUGGUCGGGUAUGCUGGUGGGAGCAUUAUGUGCCCUGGCUGGUGUGCUUACCAUUGCGAUGCCAGUGCCAGUCAUCGUCAAUAACUUUGGAAUGUAUUACUCCCUGGCAAUGGCCAAGCAAAAACUCCCCAAGAAACGCAGGAAGCACUUCCCCUGUGGAACACAUGCCAAGACUACGGGCCUUUACAGUUCAGACCUGAACUCUUCAUGCAACAGCACACAGAGUGACAGCAAUCAAAUUGCUGCUGAAGAGAUACGAGAGAGAAAGAACUCAGAUUCAAAACAAAAUGGUGAAGCAAAUAUGGCCCUAUCUGAUGAGGAAGGUGCUACACUGAACCAACCGUUGACAGCCAAUGAGAGCCAGGUGUUCAGAGGCUCCAGUAUGAGGGACAAAAACAAGAAAGGGACAGUCUGUUUCUUACAGACAGCAGAUGCUGCCAGACCUGCUGAGUUUCUCCAGUAAUUUCUGUUCUUGUUUCCAACAAGCAGCCAGUAUUCACCACUGGUUGUCAGGGAGCUCACUGUAUAGGAACCAUAAAUACAAACCCUGUUGAGCUUGCUUCAAGGAUUCUGAGCCGUUGCCUAACUAAAAGGCACUGAGUCCCAAUCAAAGGACCCAAAUCUCUCUUGCCACUACUCACCUGUGCUCCAUGGCCCUCAGUUCCCCUGGGCUUCAGAGAAUUGUAAAGAUGUCCACACAGUUAACUACACUCAAGCAGAAAUGAUCACCCUUUCUUAAUGGUAAAUAGCAGAGAGGAAAGGGAGAACCUCCUUAUUUUAUCCAAAGUGCUAUCCUUGAGUGAAACAGCAAGUUCCAGAUCACACCAAUCUGGGUGAAGAUCAUAAGCUGAGAACCAUUGAACACUCAUAACUAUCAAACUGGUUGUAAUAUAUCUACAUAAUCUUGUAAAAGCAUGACUGCAUGGUGGUUCUGUAAGAUAUGUAUUAAGAAAAAAAGUAAGUAUAUUUAUUAUAUAUAUAAAGAAGUUUCUAGAUACAUACUGUUGAAUUUAUUAAUGUAUAGAUCAUAAUGAGCAAAUAUCUUUGAAAUUCCAGCAAUAGAUAAAUGAUCUUUAUUUUAUCAUCAUAUGUUGCACAUUUUAUAUUUGUCUACUACUGUCUAAUAUUGUAUUAGAGGGAAGAUGUGUGAAUUUUACUUCCGUAAGUAAUUCAUUAUGUAGACUGUUGUAUUUUAGUUUGAGAUGUAACUAAGCAACAGAGCUAACAUUUCAAAAGUUCUUGAAGUAAACAAUAUUUUGUGUGUUCCAAGUUUCUUAGCAACGAAGUAAGUCAACCUCCUGUUCACAGCGAAACUAGGAUUCAAGUAAGAACGAGAAAAGUUGUAAAUGCAGUAAAUCUGAGAUAAAUGCAGAAAAUGGUGGAGAUAGACGGUUUGUUAGAACAUAGAGAAUAACUAAAAACUACAGUCUAAGCUGAAACAGUAGCCUGUCUUUUCGAUGCUGAUUGAUCUGCUGUGUAUUUCUAGAAUGUUCUUAAUGUUUUAAUAUUUCAUCAGUGGGGACUGUAAUGUGGCUAAGUUUGAUAGGUCACGUUUCUGUGCCCUUUUUAUGUGUUGUAAUGUUCUGUGCUCUGUGUCUCUGGCAAUAACCAAUGACAUUACACCUUAAUGUCCUGUUCAUGUGUUGUUGAGCAUGAAACUGUACUGUUAUACUUGGAUGGAAAUAAAGAAA